CAAAAUGAAAACAGCUUGCCACUUUACAUUUUUUGUUGUAAAAACAGUUAGUGGUUUGUGGUUAACACAGAAUUCUCUUAGUAUGCAUAUUAUACCCGUAAAUCACCCUAGUGGUAAAUUGGACUGAUAUUUACGUUUUUGACUCAUGGGCGACUAGGGUACGACCCUGCACAGUGAUGACAGACACGAUACAGAAUAUCUAUAACCCGUAAACAAUGUACACAUUGUUGCGCGCAAAUUGUAGAACGGCCCAGGUUUUAUCCGCAUUGUACAAAACCAUUGGCCACAAGAACAAAUGGCCCGACAUGUUUAAGCAAUUUGUAUUUGCAUCAGAGACUGCGGAAUUCGCUUUUUUUUUUCUUUUUCUUUUCGGCUGAAAAAAUUGUGAUAAUUAUUAGAUUGGCGAAUCUUUUUUUCUUCUCCCUGGGCUUGAGUGACAAGCAGUCCUGAUCUCGCCAUGGAGACGGAUGGUGAUCAGAACUCUGGCUCUGCCAAUGGGAACACAGCCUCUGGGGGAAAUUCCCGCCCCACACAGAUAGCGCAGAUGUCGCUGUAUGAGAGACAGGCUGUACAGGCUCUCCAGGCGUUGCAGAGGCAGCCCAAUGCAGCUCAGUACUUCCAGCAGUUGAUGCUCCAGCAGCACAUCAGUAGUGCUCAGCUCCACAGUUUCGCAGCCGUGCAGCAGGCUACACUUGCAGCCAGCAGACAGGCCAAUUCUCCCAAUGCCAGCUCUGCGCAGCCCACCAGUACAUCCCAAGCUACCGUGAACUUAACAACAUCUUCUGGGGGCGGUGCCUUGCUCACCUCACGAGCCACGGGACCCACCCCCACCACGCAGGCUGGUGCUCUGAACCAGUCAGUGCUGCUGGGCAGUGCAGGGGCGGGGCAAGGGCAGAUGUAUCUCAGAGUGAACCGCUCUUUGAGAACUCCCCUCUCCUCUCAGUUCAUUCUUAUGCCGGGCGGGGCUGCUGCCGUGGCAACAGUCCAGCAGCAACAACAACAACAACAGCAGCAGCAGCAACAACAGGAUGUCCCUCCUACCAACACCAGCGGCCAUUCCGACACUGACCAGGUUCAGAACCUGGCACUGCGUUGCUCUCCCAGCUCUGCAGUGGUGUCUGUCUCAGCUGCUCCGGGACCUGCUCAGAGAACCGCUCUGCCCAAAACAGAGAGCGUAGGACAGGGGGAGAAGAAAGCAGGAGGAGAGGUGGAGAGUGGAGGCGGAGGAGUGGGCAUCAAUCUCACCAGAAAUACCAGCAACUCGCAGGCUACUCUCAUUACUACAACACCUUACUCAUUGCUUCAACAGCAGUUCACUUCUCACCAACAACAAAAAACAAAUCAGAGCCAACAGCACCAGCAGCAAGUUUUAAUGCAUCACCAGCAGCAAUCAGCAAGCAGCCUGGCUACACACCACGCAAACCAGCACCAGCAAGCAAACAACACGGCCACAUCCAUGCAGCAGACACACCAUUGCAGUGCAUCCAGCGCCAACGCAACUUCGAACAACUCCCACUGCCUUGCGUCACUGGCCAAUGCAGCCGCCCACCAGCAGCAGCACCCCAGCUCGUCCCAAUCCUCCCAGCAGAUGGUCCUCCAUACCUCCACUCCCAGUUACCAGCCCCGAGCCAUCACUUCAGUGACCAACACCGCUCAGAUUCUGCACACCUCGGUGGCGGUCGGGCUGUCACAGAGCACCCAGUCCUUAGGGGGAGCCCAGACUCUGGUGGUGCAACCAUUACCGCCCCAGAAUCAGACCUAUGAAAACAGCUUGUCAGUAACCCGUCACAGCAACCUGACACCAGUUCCCAUACAACCCAAAACCAGUUCACAAAUGGUGACGGCCGCCACCCAACUUAAGAUCCCAGUUCCAGGUUCCCAUUCCCAUUCCCACUCACAGUUCCCAGUCAAACACCCUCCUCCCAUUUUACCGGCCCCCCCUUCUCACGCUCCCCACAUUCCGGUUCAGCUGGUAGGAGCCAGGCAGCCAGGGCAAGCGAGUGCCCAGGCUUUAGGCCUAACCCAAGCGAUCGCCGUUAGCAGCGCACAAAGCUGUAACAGUAACAGCAUUGCAAUGGGUCACAUUCAUAAUAUUCAAACUCCGCAAACACUACACAGCGGAGUUGCUCAGCAACAUGUGCAUGUCAAGCCUAUCUCUGGGUCCGUCCAUGACAACAGCCAGGCCAAUCCGAAUCAGCAAGGCGGAGGAGGCGGGAAGGUCCAGCAGCCAAUGGGAUCUGGUAAUGUGGGAGUGUCUCCCACCACCACUUCUUUUGGUAUGGGCUUCUCUUCUUCGGUGACGACAGCAGCUGUGUUGCCCCAGCAACUGCAGUUAACACAGCAACAGAGCCCGCAGCAUCAGCAGAAACAACAGCCCCAGAUUGUCAGACCCUGUUCUGGUGCCAUUUGCGGUUCUGUUUUGGGGCCUGAAAGCGUUAGCGACGCUAGUGCCGCCGCGCAGACCACUGCGACGGAUGAGACAGCGAAGACAGGAGCUGUUGCAGCCAGCGGAGUAUAUGUGCAGCCACUGCAACUGCAGGGUAAGCAGCCAGUGGGAGGAAUAAAAAGAAAGGCAGAGGUGGAUGAACAGAAUGAGAAAAAGAAAGAGAGCCCCCCCUCCCUUCAUCCCUCAUUGGAGGGGCCGUACCAAAAACCAGACAACACCCCAGAGAAAAACCAGGCCGCAGACCUCACUCCACUGGACCCCUCUCUCUCCAGCCCCUCCCCUGCCUCCAGGGGUGAGGCCUCAGGCCCCUCCCUCUUGUCCAGCGGUCGCCACGGGAACGAUUCCAAGCCUCCCCAGGCCAUUGUGAAACCACAGGUUCUGACUCAUCUCAUCGAGGGCUUUGUGAUUCAGGAGGGCGCAGAACCUUUCCCUGUGGGUGGACCAGUGAAAGACAGACAGGAAGGAGUGUCCCCUCUCCUAGCCCCAUCCCCUUCCUCACUUCCUGAUCACUAUUAUCAAAACACAGUCUCGAAUGGGAAGUCCUCUCUACUGAAGUGCGAGUACUGUGGGAACCUGGAGCCCGCGCAGCAGUUCAGAGGAUCCAAGCGCUUCUGCUCCAUGACCUGUGCCAAGAGGUACAACGUGAGCUGCAGUCACCAGUUCCGCCCAAAACAUAAGAAGGUGAAGGGGGCCGGGCUUGGGGAUGGGGGAGGAGUCAGGAUGAGGCGCAGGGGUCCUCACAGGAGCAGCAGCGAGAUUGCCCGUGCAAAAAUCACUGGCAGACACCUUGAUAUCAAGACUCGCUCUGAUUCCAGCCGAGGCUCGGAUGAGAACUCCAGCUAUGAAGACGAGGCUCCUUCCCCAAGCCCCUCCCCUUCCUGCUCUCGACCCUCCCACUCUGAGCAGGCUGCGCGUGAUUCAUCCGGACCCGGAGCCGCUCCUGCUGAGCUGCCAUUGGACGGUGGGCCUCACUUCCUGUCUGGGAGUCCCGCCCACUGGAGUGUGGAGGAAGUGUGCGAGUUCAUUUCCUCUCUGCAAGGCUGCCAAGAGGUGGCGACGGAGUUUCUGGCGCAGGAGAUCGACGGGCAGGCCCUGCUGCUUCUUAAGGAAGAGCACCUGAUGACCGCCAUGAACAUCAAGCUGGGACCAGCAUUGAAGAUCUGUGCGCGCAUCAACAUGCUGAAGGAGGGCUAGGGAACGAGUCAGAGAUGGAAAAAAGACUCCCAUCGCACAGCGGUUUGAUCCAUUCCUGGUUUUACUAUUGAGUUUUACCCAAACUUGUAAUAAAACCUGGACUGGGUGCAAGUGCUAUGCAAUAGGAGCCUUAUUUCCAUCCCUAAGAGUCUGUCAAGGGUGACGUUCAAACAGGGUUCAGGAACACCAGUGAACGCGCGCGCACACAAGAGUCAGUCUAUAUAAACAGUGGUGGAACUAAAUGAUAACAAAAAAACAACAUCUCUAACAGUGUGUGUGAAUCUCUUUAAGGGUAUUUUUUGUCUUUUAAAAGGAAAGUAAAAUGACCGUUCUGGUCCUUAUUUAAGAUGUAGGAUCUACACACUGCCACUGCUUAGAUCAGUUGAACAGACCCCACAGUCCCCAAAAUAAGAUUUGUAAAAAGUUUUGUGAACAGUCACCAAGAUUUAAUGGAUUACAGCCACAUGCAAUCCAAGGAGGCAAUAGGAGUCUUAUGAUAAAAAUCUGGAAAGGAUUUAAGUAGAACAAUGUAAACUGUCUUUAAAAGAUGGCAGUGGUAAUGUUACUGGUGCGCUAAUAAGAGUUAAAGGAAUAUAUAUCCUUGGUUAGUCCCCCUUUGAAGAGGGACCAGUGAUGAUGUUGCUAUUGUUAAAGGAAGGUAAGGAAGUUGAUUUUUAAGAACACUUGAUCAGCACUUCUUUUAAAGGUGUGGGGGGGGGGGGCAGUGAUAACGUUGCUAGGGCUAAUUUAGAGGUAAGAAAAUACAUUUAAAAACCUUGGGUAGCACUUCCUUUAAUAAUCCUGUUUGCAGUGUGACUUGGGAUUUUUUUUUUUUUGUAUGGUUUCAGGUUUACAAGUAGACUGUCAUAGCAGGCAGGAAUACAUAGUGUUGAAUGUAGAACAUACAGACUUAGUGUGUGUGCAAGACUGUCCUGGGCAAAAUACUUGAGGUGCAGCAGAGGCCUUUCAUGAUUAGCGUCCAGACAGACAGACAGACAGACAGACCGACCACAGCCAAGUCAAACCUGUUGAUCAGUACUGUAUGCGGUCCUGUCUACUAGAAUACUAGAAGCAAAUAAACUUAAUGAAGUUUAAUAGUGUUUCUAAUAGUUUAAUAGAUGAUACUAUGACUGUCUACCUGAACCUCAAACCAAACCAAAAGAUGUGUUUGUGAAUCCCUCUUUAUACACAACGUUGAGUGUGAGUGAGUCUCUCAAUGCAGGAUGUAGCUUGGUUAUAAACAGCAAUGGUGUAAAAAAGUUACAUUCACCUAAAGAGAGAAGCUACUGAAUGGAUCCUCACCAUGUAGGUCUAUUUUUAAUUAACCCACUGAAAACUCCACACAUUAUACUGAACUAUAUAUAUAUAUAUAUAUAUAUAUAUAUAUAUAUAUAUAUAUAUAUAUAUAUAUAUAUAUAUAUAUAUAUAUAUAUAUAUAUAUAUAUAUAUAUAUAUAUAUAUAUAUAUAGGUUACCAAUUAAACAAAUUUGAUUUGUUGAAAUAAAAUCUGUGACUUCAGCAUUUGUAAAUGACAGUAAUGCAGUACAACGUACUGUAGUACUGAUACAGUACAGGUUAACUCCCCCAGCUUCAGUUAGAUAGCUGCUAGCAUUCACAGAUAAAGCAGGGAGCCUGUUUUUUCUGCCUUAUAUUAACCCUGAUAUUUAUCCAGAAAUGAGUUUGUGUUUUUUCUCAGUCCAGAAGCAUUUAUAACUAUUUUAUAACCAGCUUAUACAACGAGUUUGGUGUGUGCUUUGUGAAACUUCACUUUCCCAAUUCAGUAUUUGGGAAUUUUGCCUUUUUUCCCCCAAAUUGGUGCUUAAAAAAACAACCAAUGUGAAACACCAUUGUUAGUAAUUUUUUUUUUGUAAUAUAGUACAGUAUAUAUUAGUAACCAUUAGGUUAUUAGAUUGUCUUCAGUUGCAGUGUUUAAAAUGUUUUACAAUGGGAAAAAAGAAAGAAAGGCAGACCGACAGACCUUGGUUCUUAAACACACAGACAGACAGUGCUCCACAAUCAUGUUCAGUUGAACACUGCAAUAUCAUUUCUUGUUGUCUGUAAUCUUUCUGUGCACUCUGCUUUAUUAGAAUAAAGUAAAGAAAGAUCUUGGUUCUUAAAGCUGCACACAGACAGACAGACAGUGCCCCACAAUCAUUACCCUGAAUAAUAAUAAAGACAAGACUGAAUGUAAAUAUAUUAUAGAAAUCAAAGAAUCAAUGCAGCACAAUAGCACUGUAUGCAAAGAUGAACACAGUAAUUGAAAAGUGCUUUUCGUUUGUUUUGGUUCGUUGUCCACCAUUGUCCAAUUGUGAUGAAACGUAGUUAUUGAAAGUAUUAGACUCUACACGGUGCCUCUCCAUUUUCAAUGUGCAAAUGGUGGAUGUAGGUCUUGGUGAUUUUUUUUUUUCCUUUAUCCAUUCAUGUUUUUUAUGAAGGGUUGUUCUUUGCAGCUGUGGCGGGGAUGUGUAUGUCGCUGGCACAUUUGUAUAGCCAGCCGUCGGCCAGGAAUGUUCAUUUUACCAGUCAACUGCUUAAUCUUCACAAUGUAUUGUCACAAGUCCUUUAUCAAUGACUUAUUUACAAACAAAAAUACAAGUAUUAUUAGUAAUAGUAGUAGUGGUAUUAUUAUUAUUAUUAUUAUUAUUAUUAUUAUUAUUAUUAUUAAUUGUAUUUUUUGUUUCCUAGAAUUAUGUCUGGGUAACGCAAGUCAUUUUUGUUACCCACUGAGGACAUCUUCAAAUCUUAGCUCAAAGUUUUCCCCUAUAGUACCAAUGUUGUGUCAAGUCCAGUCCCCAAGUUUAAAUACAGUGCUGUAGACUACAAUCAGAUUCAUAUGUUCAACAAACUGCUAUUGACUAAUUGAAUUAUUAUUUUUUUUUUAAUAUAUACAGUUUAAAAUUUUCAAGCCUAGUUACACUAAUCUGUUGCACAGGAAUAAAAAUCAAAAGUAUUUUUUUUUUGGAAUACAAGUCAUAUAUAUAUAUAUAUAUAUAUAUAUAUAUAUAUAUAUAUAUAUAUAUAUAUAUAUAUAUAUAUAUAGUAAUCCGUUGCAUAUCCGACUGCAGUGGGAUCAGAGUAAGGACGGAUAUGUAGAAAAUCGUAUGAAUGAAUCCUGUUUUAAAUACCAUUAUACAUAGCUGUAACAAUUACUAUGUUCACACAAUUAUUGUUUUGAGAUUCAGCUUUUAUUGGGGAGCUCCCCUAAAUCCCUUGUGUGUGUAUUCGCUGCUGAGUGACAGGCAGGAUAGCGAGGUAGAGGUUAAAAUUGGUACACCCCGCAGGCAAACAGGAUUUAUUUACAUAUCAAGUCAACACACUGAAUACCACACGUGACACUACCAGCAAAGGCAGUGCAUGGAGUACAUACAACACUGUGUAAGUAAACUUUGGUAGGAUCUACAAUCUCUGAACAAAUUUUCUCUGGUGGAUAUGUGACGGGCAGAUAUGCGACAGAUUACUAUAAAAAAAAGUUUAUUCUUAAAAAAAAAAACUGUUCUUUGAAUCUUUUAACAAGUGUAUUAAUUAAUAACGCAGAGUCUCAUAGUCACAUUGAUGACCAUUUUUAAAUUCCUAACCUGAAAAAAAAACUCAUUUGUAUUAUUUCAUACUUAUGUACUACAUACAUAAUAAAUACUUGUUUUAAAAUCUGAAA